AUGGACUUCCUGAUCUUCACCCAUGCCUCGAGUCUCGAAGCUUUGGCGGAGGCCUCGGACUAUGCGCCGGGCCUGCAGAAGUUGCUGUCGCCGGGAGAGGGCGGCGGCCUCUCGGGGGCUCUGGUUCUCUACGUGGCGCCGCCUGAGAUGUGGAAGGCCACCGUGCAGCUCCUCGCCGAGUCCGAGUCCUGCGACUCGGAGGCGCCGGCCCUGGCGGCGCUGCGGCGGCGCUGCGCGUGGGCGGAGCGGCGGCUCUCCGGCUCCGGCGCCGGCUCCGCCGGCGCCUUCCGCCGCGUGCGGGUCCUGGCGCCGGGGGACUUUGGGCCCACGCUGCGGGCGGUGCGGGCGCGGCUCGGGGAGGACCUGCGGCACUGGCUGCAGAAGAGCAGCUACGACAGCCCCAAGUUCUUGGAGGCCACGGUGCGGUUAGAGCUGCUGGGCUCCUCUGUCUGCGUGCUGCGCAUGGAUGAGGACGUGCUCUUCAACCACCAGACCCUGGAAGACGGCAUGGCAGGCGUGAAGCGGCUGGUGGAGGCCUUGGUGGAGCAGCGGCGGCGCGAGGGAUCGAUCCAGGUCCUGAGCGGGCAGUACGUCUUCAAGUCCGCGAAGGCGGAGGACCGGCGGAGCUUCGGAUUUUGGAACGGCGCCUUCACGGCGCGCGGCAGCCCCGCGCUGCUCGCCACCCGGGCGCUGUGCCUCUCCGAGCGCCCGCCACUGGAGGCCGAGCUGGAUGAGGCGGUGGACGAAGAACUCAUGACCAGUUUCUUCGAGGCGCUGCCGGGCGGCUCCUCGUCCAAGUCGUCGGACCGCCUCGCCUCGGGGGCGGGGCUCUGCAGCGGCGGUGCGGCGCUGGAUCUGCCGCCCUGGUGCCACCUCCGGCAGAACGUGCUCUGGAUCGACGACCAGUGCCUCUGUCAGUUGGUCGCUCUCGAGAGCUCGCGCCCCGAACCCGCGCGUUGCUUCGCUUUGGAGGUGGAGGUGACCAAGGGGCGUAGGCCCCCCGCCAGCUUCGUGUGGCACACCCUGGAGGUGUACCUGCCCUCGCUGCUCUACGGGUUGGUCAUGCGUGCCUGGAUCGAUGGGCCACUAGCCCCUGCCCUACGCUGGGUCCGGUACUACGGUCGCCCUUUGCCGCUCAGCCGGAGACAACGUCUCGAAUGCCAGCUCUGGGAGGAGGCGCUGCAGUGCUGCUCCGCGUGGCGCCUGCGCUGGGCCCGGCUGCGGGGAAGCUGCGGGCCGUCCUUCGCGGCGCUGUGGGCCACCGGGGAGGUGCAGCGCCACCCGCUGCUCGGGUUUCGCUGCUCGGCCGACUCCUCCGCGCCAUCGCCGCGAGCGCUGCGCUUGGGCCGGGGCCUGGUGACGGCGGACGCCCCUGACAAGCUGCGAAAGGCGGACCUCAACGAGUUCCUUCUGGAGGCGCUGGGGGAGCUGAUCCAGGACGCCCUGCAGCACCUCGGCUGGGUGCUGCUGUGGCCCUCCGUGGUGCAGGCCGUGCGCCACACGCCGCCCCUGCGCAGCGGCGGCUUCUUCGGAGAGCUCUGCUCCGAGGCCCCCGGGCCGCCGCGGACGGCGGAGACGUGGCGGAGCCGGCUCUGA